GUUUAUUUGUCUUUGUCUUUGUCUUUGCGAAAAGAAGUAAAUAUCCUCAUCAAUGGCGGAUUCACGAGAUGAUCUAGCUGAAUCGCUACAAAAUCUAUUCACGAGUGUUUCAUCUAUGGUCAAAUCCGAGCUCCAGGGAACGAACAACCAUCUAGAUCUAUUGGAGAAGAUGAACCUGAGAGUUGCGUCAGAGUACGAUGAUAUGGGUGACGUGGCAGCUGGGCUCAGAGUUUUCGCAGAACAGAUGAAAUCAAAAAGUGGUGGCUUGGAUGAAUUUGUAGGACAAAUGGAUGCUAUCGAGAAACAAGUGUCGGAGUUUGAAGCUGUGAUCUCUGUUCUAGAUCGAUAUGUCUCUGUCCUAGAAUCUAAAAUCCGAGCUGAGUAUCGUCAUCCUCAUCAUCAGCGUCGCUCUAAUGAUUCUGUUGUUACAGACUGAUGCAUUGUAGCAAUAAUUAAUUUUUAUCAUUACUGAGAUUGUUGGAAUCGAGAUCUGGAAUGCUAUUUUGGUUUUAGUUGAUAUUGAAGCUAGAUACGAAUACGACGAAUGAUUUUGUCUACAUUCGGUUUAAGUUUAACCAAAACUGAAAUUUGCAUAAAUCAAUCUGG